UACUAGGGUCUAGGGUCUGUGAACGAGAAUGAUGGAUACAAUCUUUCAAAACAACUAGUGCAUAGUUCUUUUUUUUUCGAAUGCUAAUUCGAUAGUAGAUUGAAACAUUUGUUUUAAUAUUGAUGUUAAUUGGUACAAGUUGGUAAUUUUAGGAAAGGUCCAUCCAUUAAGAAUCUUUGAGUCUCACUACAAUCAAUGGAUAGAGUUUAGACGAGAAACUGUUCAAUCAUUGAUGGUCGUAACCGCUCAACUCAAAAAGGCAUCCAAUAUUUGUCUACUAGUCAGUGAUAAGAUUCUGUUGUUUGAACAACACAAUUGCAGUACUAAAGGGUUAGUUCUAUAACUGCGUUAGUUCAUAUUUAACCAUAGAGUGCAAAAGAUUUAUGGUAAGUAUUUCGAGAGCAGGUAAUUGCCAUCCAAAACCCUGAGUUGCUUCAGAUCGCGCAGAUCGCGCUCAUUGAUCAAUCUUCUCUGCGAUGUCGAAUAACAUCAUCUCGAUCGACGAUUGCACCAAGAUUGUGCGAAAUUCGGGCGAAGCUACACCCUCGUUCAGGAUAGUAAGCUAUCGAUUGGAAGAAAUAGGCGGUAUGCCGGGAUAUAUGGCUGAAUAUGCUCAUCUUAUGAUCACGAUUGAGAAGCCCGAUGGACAUAUCCAAGAGCUCCGCUACUUCACAAAAUACGUUCCUUUCGGCGACCCAGUGCUGCUCUCAUUCAUCCGAGACUCGGGGAUAUUCUCCAAGGAGUCAACCGCGUAUCGAGAAUUGAUUGGAAUGUGCAACCAGAACCCAUCCCAAGUUACCAAAUGGAGGCCAUCGUGUUGGUUGGCUCGAGAGGAGCUAAUUGUGAUGGAAGAUCUGACGGAAAGCGGUUUCCGCUCGCUGCCAAAUCGAAUGGAUUUUGGUACCCAGCACAUCCUAAUGAUGCUGGAUGCUUUGGCACAGAUGCAUGCCUGUUCGUUGGAUUUGGAGUUCAACCAGAUCGGAGGAGAGAAAUUUGAGGAUAAAUUCGCAACCACGGUUUAUGAAACGACAUUUAUGAAGGCCAACACCUGGUUUGCCGCAGGAUUGAGGGGCAUUCAAAUAGUAGCUUUGGAGCGAUCCAAAUACGCCGCCAAUGAAAACUGCCGGAAAAGAAUGGAAUCGGAAAUGGAGACAAAAAUGGAUAAAAUAUACGAGCUGUGUGAGUCCACGAACAAUUUUCAAUCGGUUAUGGUUCACAGGGAUCUAUGGUCGAAUAACAUAAUGUUUCGAUUCGAGAAGAACUCGUCUGAUGGGGCAAUAAACUACGAAAAGCCCCUGAGCUGUGUACUGUUAGACUUUCAAAUGGCACGGUAUUUACCACCCGCGGUCGAUGUAUUGUGCGCUAUUUAUGUUCUCGCGAGUAGAACCAACCGAGAAGAAUUCUACGAUACCUACGUCAAAUACUACCACCAAGUAUUAACCGAAAAGCUGCGCUUACUACACCUCGAAAUCGAUUCAAUUCUUCCCUGGCAGCAAUAUCUCGAGAGUUUAGACCACUACCGCUUGGUAGGUAUGCUGUGGUCCGGGGUGCUACUGCAGUUCAUUAGUUUUCCCAAAGGAUACCUCGACGAUUUGCACUUGAACGACCCAAAAGCCUAUCAUGAAUUUUGUAACGACAACAGAAGGGAUGUCAUCUUAGAGUUUAUGGAUAAAGACUCCUACUAUCGUGAUACGGUAUUGGGCAGUGUCGAAGAUACGCUGGAGUAUAUGUUUGGUUUUGGGGCGAAGGAUUGUCGUUAGUAUUUACAAAUAAAA